AUGUACAACAUCUUUCGUGGUAGAGAAUAUAAAGAAUAUAAAGAAUAUUAUAUUCCGUAUGAUUGGAUAGGUGAUAAGAAAUACCAAUUACACGAUAGAUUGCAUAAGCAUGUUGUAGAUUUGCUAAGAGAACGAGGUUACAGAAUAAUUAAUUCCAGACCUUGGUAUGAAAUGUUAAAAUGGGUAGAUAAACCAGAUAAAUAUCUUAACAAAUUUCGUCAGAAUCGAAUAAUACGUCACAACUAUUUUACAUUGAUAGUUGACGAUCAAUAUGCGGAGCAUAGAGUCUCUGACUCAUAUUUUAAUGGAUUUUUUUUUGUACCAGAUUCCCAUAAUAAAAAAGAAUUUUCGACCAAAAAUAAUGAGCAUGAUCCUGAUUGUAAAGACAGGUUCAUUGUGGAUUCCGUAUACUAUGACGAUUCAGAUGCAUUUUUGGUAUACUUUACUCAAGAAUCCGAUGACAUUUGUGAUGAAGCAACUGGUUACCUCCUUGUCUGUUUUAAUAAUAUUGGCAAAAUAGCAUCAAUUCGUAUAGCAUCACCAUCAAAGCAUAUCCGAGGGAUAGCAAGCGAGGAGCCAUCCUUUACACUCAAUCCUACUUAUGAUGAGAAACGUGAUGUAUUUAAGAUUAAUUUUACAGAUUCUGCUCCCAUGACCACGUUCAAAAAAACUGAAGUUGAAGAUGUCGAGCUGGAAAUAGAUAAUGAAGGAAAGCUCGUUACAUUGUUGUUUCACAAUGCCAGUAACAAAAUGUCAAACAUAUCAAAAACAACAUCUCAAAUCUGGAAUGCUUUAAGAAACGAUAACACCCCCAAUGAUAAGAAAUUUUUAGGUCUAACUCCCCGUAAAGUGAAAAAUCCUCAAACUCGGGAUCAAUUCAAUCUCUGGAUUGCUGAGAAACUUGCAAUAGAAUAUAAAGAAUAUAAAGAAUAUUAUAUUCCGUAUGAUUGGAUAGGUGAUAAGAAAUACCAAUUACACGAUAGAUUGCAUAAGCAUGUUGUAGAUUUGCUAAGAGAACGAGGUUACAGAAUAAUUAAUUCCAGACCUUGGUAUGAAAUGUUAAAAUGGGUAGAUAAACCAGAUAAAUAUCUUAACAAAUUUCGUCAGAAUCGAAUAAUACGUCACAACUAUUUUACAUUGAUAGUUGACGAUCAAUAUGCGGAGCAUAGAGUCUCUGACUCAUAUUUUAAUGGAUUUUUUUUUGUACCAGAUUCCCAUGUAAACUGA